GGGGAGGAGCCACGUGACCAACGGUCGCGGGAAGCCUCAUUUGCCACGCGCGUGAUCGGAAGAGCCGAGUUCUCUUGACUCAUUCAAACUUUUUUUUUUUUUCUCCUCCGUCUUCCUCCUUAUUGUAAACAUUGGUUGCGGGUUUUACGUGUUUCAGCGUCGGCCAUCGAGAAGUUUUCUGACGGGCUGCCGACACUCGACCGGACCCGAGUAUCGCUCGUUUUGUAUUUAUUUUUUUAUUUUAAACUACGACUUCGGGACGUUUGCUUCCCCUUCGACGGCUCCGGGGCCUUUUUCUCCGCACUGGAUGGGCGUGUUUGGGAGUCCGCUCGCACGUUCACGUUUUCCUGGGACGUUAACGGACCUUUAAGCGUCUCGCUCACACUCUUCGAUCGAUACCUUUUUUUUUUGUUUUUUAAUGUUAAGGUAGUUAGAAGUGAACUAGAUUAGUGAGUCGUCUCGGAUAAUAACCGUAGAGGGGGUCCAACCGCGUGAAGUAAUUUUUUUUCUUCCUCCCGUCGACGACCCCGGGGUUUAAAAUCCUAAAAAAAAAAAAAAAUGUCGAGCUUCGGCCGCCAUCGACACGGCUCCCCUUCCCCGAAAACUCCCCCGAUUCGGCAGAAGUUGCAGUUCACGUGCAGCGACGGGGAGGACGAGCCCAUCGAGGACGCGAACAACAGCACCGGGGGAGAGUCCGGCUUCACGGAGAUGGACUCCCCGAUGCCGCUGCGCCGGGAACCCGUCGACAAGCGGCUGGAGGGGACCAGCAGCCCGCUGAACCAGUCCGGCGGGGACGACGACGUGGAGCUGUGGGACGAGGAGAGCUACGGGUCCCCGUCGCACCUGCGGUCCCCGAGCAGCGUCAUCUUCGCCAACUGCUCGCCGUCGCCGAGGAAGGCGUCCCGGCUGUACGGAGGAGGGUCCCCGGAGCGGUCCUACGUCCAGGACGACGGGGAGGGAUCCAGCUCCCCGAUCCCGGACUGUCCCGACACACCUCCGCACAAAACCUUCAGAAAAUUGAGACUUUUUGACACACCGCACACACCAAAGAGCUUGCUGUCCAGAGCCAGGGGCUCGGGGUCCUCCAGCAGGAGAGUUGCCUUGUUCAAGAAUGUGGAGCCUUCAGGAAAGUCGAUCACAGACACCAGCAGGAGACAGCAGACCCCUCUGGUGAACUUUAACCCCUUCACACCGGACUCCCUCCUCAUACAGUCCGCCACACAGCAGAGAAACAGGAAGCGAGCGCACUGGAAUGACUCUUGUGGAGAAGACAUGGAGGCGAGUGACGGUGAGGGAGAGGAGGAAGUCCUUCCACCAUCCAAGAGGAUCACCAUGAUGGAGAGCAACAUGAUGUCCCGGUACGCCUCAGAGUUCCUCGAGCUGGAGAAGAUCGGCUGCGGAGAGUUUGGUGCUGUGUUCAAGUGUGUGAAACGACUCGACGGCUGCAUCUACGCCAUCAAGAGAUCAAAGAAACCUCUGGCAGGAUCCGUAGACGAACAGAACGCCCUGCGCGAGGUGUAUGCCCACGCCGUGCUGGGCCAACACCCCCACGUGGUGCGCUACUACUCCGCCUGGGCCGAGGACGACCACAUGCUCAUCCAAAACGAGUACUGCAACGGCGGCACGCUGUCCGACGCCAUCGCCGAGAACUACCGGCGGCUCAGCUACCUGUCGGAGCUGGAGCUGAAAGAUCUGCUGCUGCAAGUCACUCGGGGACUCAAGUACAUCCACUCCACGUCUCUGGUGCACAUGGACAUCAAGCCCAGUAACAUCUUUAUUUCACGAAAGACCGUAGCCAGCUGUGACGAAUGUGAUGAUGACGAAGGGCUGACCACCAGCGUCGUCUACAAAAUAGGUGAUCUUGGUCAUGUGACACGAGUGAACAACCCACAAGUGGAGGAAGGUGACAGCCGAUACCUGGCCAAUGAAGUUUUACAAGAGGAUUACAGCAAGUUGACGAAGGCGGACAUCUUUGCUCUGGCUCUGACUGUCGUCAGCGCCUCGGGGGCGGAGCCUCUUCCCACCAACGGAGACAAGUGGCACGAGAUCCGAGAGGGCAAACUGCCCGCCAUCCCCCAAAUGCUCUCACCAGAGUUUCUUUGUCUUCUCAAGCUGAUGAUCCAUCCCGAUCCAAGUAGACGGCCGUCGACGUCCGAGCUCAUCAAACACCCGGUGCUCCUCACCGCCGCCAGAAUGAGUGCCGACCAGCUCCGAGUCGAGCUCAACGCGGAGAAGUUCAAGAACGCGCUGCUGCAGAAGGAGCUGAAGAAGGCUCAGCAGGCCCGAGCGGCAGCAGAGGAGAAGGUUCUGUCCACCGACCGGAUCCUGACCCGCUCCACGGUCCAGUCGAAUCCCAGAACCUCCAGGCUCAUCGGCAAGAAGAUGAACCGGUCGGUCAGCCUCACCAUCUACUAAAUCCUUUAAUCCACCCAGACAGGAAGUGAAAACACACAAAAAAGGCUCAUGGACCUAAUUUAAAUCAAAAAAACCUAUUUCAAGACGGAAUCGGUCUCUUUAAGUUUCUCCCUUUUUUUUCACGGCCUGUCGGGUCGUGGUGGAAGAAAACUGAACUUGAACGCCUCUCCAUAGACUCUCAUUGCCAACAUGGUUCAGCCCUUUUUAAAAAAAAAAAAAAAA